GGCUCAAAUCCUCCAAGGCUCCACGCAACAAUGAAGCGUGGGCGGCCACAGAGGCUUCAUUUGCAUACUGACGCGGCUUGGCCAAUGGGGUGCGCAGAGGCUUUGGAACGCAGUGUUGCUAUCUGCGUGCGCGCGUGUGUGCGAGUGUGACAGCGGCUGUGGCUGUGGCCGUGGCCGUGGCCGUGGGAGGCGGGCCCGGCGGAGCCCAGCCGCGCGGGUACCGGCCCGGGCGCCCGCUCCUGCCGCGCGUUGCAGCCUCGUGGCCCGGCAGAGCCCAGAGACCACCCCACCCCGGCAAGUCGCAGACGCGAUGUCGGUGGCCGGGCUAAAGAAGCAGUUCCACAAAGCCAGCCAGCUAUUUAGUGAAAAAAUAAGUGGUGCUGAAGGGACCAAACUAGACGAGGAAUUUCUUGACAUGGAAAGGAAAAUAGAUGUUACCAAUAAAGCAGUUACAGAAAUUCUUUCAAGAACCACUGAAUAUCUUCAGCCAAAUCCAGCAUACAGAGCUAAGCUGGGAAUGCUGAACACAGUGUCGAAGAUCCGAGGGCAGGUGAAGACCACGGGCUACCCGCAGACGGAAGGCCUGCUUGGGGACUGCAUGCUCAAGUUCGGGAAGGAGCUGGGGGAGGAGUCCGCCUUCGGCACUGCACUAAUAGAAGUUGGUGAAUCCCUGAAGCUCAUGGCUGAGGUGAAAGACUCUCUCGAUAUUAAUGUGAAGCAGACUUUUAUUGAUCCACUUCAGUUACUACAAGAUAAAGAUUUAAAAGAGAUUGGGCACCACCUGAAAAAGCUUGAAGGCCGCCGCCUGGAUUACGAUUAUAAGAAGAAGCGAGUAGGUAAGAUCCCAGACGAAGAAGUCAGACAAGCGGUAGAAAAAUUUGAAGAGUCAAAGGAGUUGGCUGAAAGAAGCAUGUUUAAUUUUUUAGAAAAUGAUGUAGAACAAGUCAGCCAGUUGGCCGUGUUUAUAGAGGCGGCAUUAGACUAUCACAGACAGACCACAGAGAUUCUGCAGGAGCUGCAGAACAAGCUGCAGAUACGAAUCACAGCUGCAUCCAGUAUCCCCAAACGAGAAUAUAAGGCAAGACCCAUGAAAAGGAGCUCUAGUGAGCUCAACGGAGUUUCCACCACCUCUGCAGCAAAGACGACAGGUUCUAAUGUUCCCAUGGACCAGCCCUGCUGUCGUGGUCUCUAUGACUUUGAGCCAGAAAACCAAGGAGAAUUAGGAUUUAAAGAAGGGGACAUCAUUACAUUAACCAAUCAAAUAGAUGAAAACUGGUAUGAAGGAAUGAUACAUGGGGAAUCUGGAUUCUUCCCCAUUAAUUAUGUUGAAGUGAUCGUGCCUUUACCUCAGUAACUGUGUAACAAAAGCUUUGGACACACUUCCAUAACUGAAAUGAAGUCACACCAAUGUUCUCUCACUGUGGUGUUCCGUGACAUCCUUGCUCUCUGACCAACUUAAUAACUUUUGUAUGUGUGUUCUCUUUAUAAUGUAUUUUGUAUCAAUUUAAUUUGUAUAAAUGACUUUCUUGUCUUAGCUACAUGAAAAUAUAGUUUUCUUUUUGCUUAAUGUCCUAAAAGUCAUUGGUUAAAUGUAUGUGCUCCCUGUUGCUAAAAAUAAAUCAUUGCAGUAAUGUCAUCCAAUUGCCUAUAUUCUUCAGCUGCAGUGAAAUGCAACGUUUGGAACUAAGAAAUGCUCAGUAUUUUGUUUCUUGACAUUAUGAUCAUGUCUGGUCUUGUCAUUGUACUUUAAGCUUACAUGUGAAUAGCCCCAAUAAAUAUGAUACACUGUAUUGGCAAAAA